UAUUUACAGAAAACAAGGUAGAUUUAAUUUUUGAUUUUGAUUGGAAAGUAAGCAGGUUUUGACGACGUCUUUAUAUCAUAUUAUAAUUAAUUAAUAGUUAAAUUAUUCAAUUGAUUAUUGUUAUUAGUUUUAUUAUCAAAGUGAUUUGGAAUUAAUAGUCAAAUAGAAAUACAAGGUAAAUUGAUGUCAGUCGUUUUUAUUUUGAAGGCUGUCAGACUACUUCCGUUCUAAACCUUGCUAGCUCCGGUUAGCUUAACGCAGCUAAAUGACGUCUCCGUUAGCCCACGGUAUAAACACGGGCGGUCCGGUGUCCUCCGUUAAUUAGUCGCGUACAGCUCUCUCGGGACGGAUGAACCAAACUGUCCGGUGUCCGGUUAAACACAGCCGACAUUAACGGAGCCUCUCAGCCCGGUGUGAGCGUUAGUUUCUGGGGCCAGAAACUGUUUUUAAGAGAGCUACGCAGAUAACGGUCCGAACCGGAGAACCGGGCUCCCUGCCCGCUACAUACACCCCGAAUUAACGGUCACUUUCCCCGCGGGUGGUCCGGUAUAGCGGCGGCUCUGACCCCGCUUUGUUUCUGUGGAUGUUACCGGAUCAAAAAAGCACCAUGGAGUUUCUCUGGAGCCUCUCCCGGUGCUUGGACACGGUGAGGUAACGGGAACGGGACCGGGUUGCUUCACACACACACACACACACACACACACACACACACACACACACACACACACACACACAUCAGAGAGCAGCAACCUGUUGCCGGUGACGCAGAGAGGAUGAACGGAGCUGCCGUAACGAUCCUGCUGCUGCUGCUGCUCAGCGGCCGUGCUGCCUUCACUGCUGCCCGGUCCCUGAACGCACCGCAGGACGGAGAGGUUCCGCCUCCGGACGGACAGACGGACGGUACCGACAGUCUGACAGCUGCUGUGACAGGUGUGGACAGAUGGCGGCGCCCCCUGCUGCAGAAAACUCGUCCCUUUGUCCUGGUGGACGGACGAAGGCGGAGCCUCACUGAAGCUCUACAGGACGGUCACCCCGACAGGCUGCAGUGUGGACUGGAGGUAGGAGGACGUCUCUUCCUGUUGGACCUGGAGAAGAACCACGACCUGCUACCCAAACCGCCCAACGUCUUCUACUACCUGCCCAACGGCACCGGAGUGUCUGUGAGAGCCGACCCUGUGACUCACUGUUAUUACCACGGCAGCGUCCGAGGAUUCCCUCAGUCCAGAGUGGCUCUGAGCACCUGCUCCGGACUCCGCGGCAUCAUCGCUUUCAACUCCACCCUGAGCUUUGAGCUGCAGCCACAGGAGGACGACCACCACCAUCACCAGCAGGGGGAGGAGGAGGGGGGAGGAGGGGAGAGUGGAGGAGAUGGGAGUGGAGGGAGUGGAGGGAGUGGUGGAGGAGGAGGAGGAGAUGAAGAGGAAGGAGUUCACUUGCUGUUCUCCACCAGCCCUCUGGAGGGCGACAGUGCUGGAGGCUGUGGAGUCUCGCACACCGCUGUGCCCCCCAUCCACAGCCCCACACACACACACAGGAGGAAGAGAGACAUCCUGUCUGAGACCAAAUACAUCGAACUGGUGCUGGUGGCCGACCACCAGGAGUUUCUGAACUACCAGAAGAACAACAAGACGAUCAUCUACCGCAUGCUGGACGUGGCCAACCAGGUGGACUGGUUCUACCGUCCUCUGAACGUGCGGGUGGCGCUGACCGGUCUGGAGAUCUGGAGCGACAGCGACAAGAUCCAGGUGAAGAAGAGUCCCACCGACACCCUCAACAACUUCCUGGAUUGGAGGACCAGAGAGCUGCUGCCACGCCUUCGCCACGACAACGCACAGCUCGUCAUGGGCGGCUCGUUUGACGGCACCACAGUGGGGAUGGCGUCUCAGUCGUCCAUGUGCUCCAGAGACCGGUCGGGUGGAGUCAAUGUGGACCACCUGGUCAGCGUGCUGGGCGUGGCCUCCACUGUUGCUCAUGAGCUUGGUCACAACCUGGGGAUGAGUCACGACACAGCAGAGCGCAGCUGCUCCUGUCAGAACGAACGGCGGCUUGGAGGAUGCAUCAUGGAGCCCUCGACCGGGUUCAUGCCGGGACAGCAGUUCAGCAGCUGCAGCGCUGCAGAUCUGUCCGUCAGCCUGCUGCACGGUGGCGGCAUGUGUCUGUUCAACGUGCCGCAGCCGGACCGUCUGCUGGGAGGACCUCGCUGUGGAAACCUGUACGUGGAGAAAGGAGAGGAGUGUGACUGCGGCCUGCUGGAGGAGUGUGAGGACCCGUGCUGUAACGCCUCCACCUGUCGGCUGGUUCCUGGAGCUCAGUGUUCGUCUGACGGCAUCUGUUGCCACGACUGCAAGCUGCGGGCGGCGGGUUCAGUGUGUCGUGACCCAAUCGGAGAGUGUGACCUCCCCGAGUACUGCACAGGCUCCUCCCCUUACUGCCCCCCCAACGUCUUCCUGCAGAACGGGGAGCCCUGCGAGAACGACGCCUCCUACUGCUACGAAGGAGUCUGUGCCAGUAUGCACACCCAGUGCCAGAUGCUGUGGGGGCCCAAUGCCACCAGCGCUCCACUUGUCUGUUUCUCAUCCGUCAACAAACAGGGAAACAAAUAUGGAAACUGUGGUCAGCUGACCAACGGCUCCUACAUCCCCUGUGCAAACUCUGACGUCCACUGCGGCAGGAUCCAGUGUCAGGGAGGGAGGGACCGCCCGCUGCUGGGCACCAACGCAGAGAUCCUCACCACCACGGUCCGCUUCAACCACAGCGACCUGGUCUGCAGAGGAACCUACUUCCACCUGGGAGACGACGUGUCGGACCCCGCCACUGUGGCCCAGGGCACCGCCUGCAGUCCUGGCAAGGCGUGUUUGAACCAGAAGUGUCAGGACGUGUCGGUGUUCGGGGUGGAUGAAUGUCGCAGCAAGUGUAACGGUCACGGGGUGUGUAACAGUAAUAAGAACUGCCACUGUAACGUGGGCUGGGCUCCACCUGACUGCAGGUACUCCGGUCACGGAGGCAGCGUGGACAGCGGACCGGCCCGAGCAGCAGAGUCUGAUCCGGUCCGAGUGGCUCUGCUCGUCAUCUUCCUCUUCAUCCUGCCUGUGGUCCUCCUCUUCCUCGCUCUGCGUUUCCCUCGGUUCCGGCGCUGUUUCUUCUGUUUUGGACCCGACAGCCCGCUUCAUAAAGCCCGACAACACAACCGGACGCCGGUGAUGGAGCGAGUUGACGGCAGGAAUGGAGAACAGGUCCGACCGCUGAGGUACCACCUGAACCCACCGACUGAAAUCCCACUGACGCCGUCACACAAAGAGGUUCAUGACAGACCUGCUCCUCCCACUAAGCCACUCCCCCCUGACCCCGCCUUAAAACCCCCGCCGCAGCUGCUGGUGAGUCGCCCAGCUCCGCCCAACAAGCCCCUCCCCCCUGACCCCGUCACACCUGGACAGGUCCCAGUUCCACCCAAACCUGUGGUGCCCAUAAAGCCCCGCCUCAUGGCGCAGCCACCCCAUCACCACAUCCCCCCUCACCCCGGCUACCCCACCAACACCAAACCUCCACAACACGCAGCCGUCGCACCUGCAGCUGCUCCCAACAGACGACCUCCUGCUCCUCCGCUCCGACCCACAAACCCUCAGAAAGUUGACACGUCGCCGCUUUAACAGAGAGUAGAGACUCUGAAUAAAACUUUCCUUUGUUCGGCCUGAUGAAGAUGAUGAAGAUGAUGAUGACUUUAUUAUCCAGUUUGCACUCAGUCGUCGGAUUUCUCACUCAGUCCUUCAUGAACUCUAGAUACUGUAAAUAAAAGUUAACGUGCCUUGCUCAGCAGCACCUCGGCAGUGAUCACGUGGACGCUCGGGACCGCCGGCUGCUGGAAAUGAUGUCACAUUAAAAUGUCCCGGUGUCGCUCACACAGGCCCCUGCAGGGGGCGCAGUGCCUUCAGAGCUCAAGGACCCUGAGAUGGGAUCAAACCUGUGAUCAAAGUACAGACUCUUCAGUAGAGUGGUUCCCAAACUGUGGUCCAGGACCCUCUGCAGGACCCCAAGGAGGUCAAACAUUAUUUCUCUUUGUUUCUUUUUCUUUCUUUCUUUGUUUUUUUAGUAAAACCGAAUGUAGAAGGUUUUUCUUGGCAGGACGGACAAUUUACGUUUCAGGUGGAUGAAACUUUCUCAAGUAGGAUUACAUCAUCAUCAUGGAGUUAUAAUCUUUUAACCUUUUAUUGAACUCAGUGUUUUUAAAUGAAGUGUCAUCAGAUCGGACGAACCUUCAUCAGACGGUAUCAAAUCACAGAUGAGUCCUCUGACAGAAGAUAUUUGGCAUCCCAAUCUAAAUAAUCAUGGAGUUUGUGACAUUUUAAAGACUUGAGAUCCUGAAGCUGCCCUCCAGGAUUAAAGGGAUAGUUAGUAUAUUUUUGAAGUUGGGUUGUCUGAUGUACUUAUCCACAGUCAGUGUUUUACAUGCAGUCACUGUCAGUCGGCACAGCUAUUUUAGCUGCCUAAAACAUCUAUAACUGUUUGACAUUGAGAGUAUUCUUUCACAGUUUUAUCUUUCUGUCAGACAGCCUGAUCUAGCCGUCAACGGUUUCAGUUCCCCGUCUAUGCUCUCGUCACAGCUGCCACACUCCACUAACAAAAACAGCGAUUUAACAUGGCUGAACACAGGAGCUGCUGGUCUACUGAGUUGGUGUUACUGUGUGACUGUGGUGAAUCUGAGCUAACAAUAUUAAACGUCAGACUCGCACAAUAACACAAACAAACUAACUGGUUGAGGCAGAAGUAGACCUGCAGCUCCUGUGUUCAGUGAGCUAAAAUUACUGUUUUUCAUUACAGAGUCAGAAAACGCUGUCUGACAGAAGGUAAAGCAGUGAAAAUAUUCUAGAUAUUACAAACACUUCGUCUGUUUCUUAUUUUUAAGGUUGAGACUUUUUAAAGUGGCUAAAAUAUGUUAUGUUGCUGACCCCUCCUCAGCAGUACAUUGCUUAGCUUUCUUAUCAGACUCCAGUCUGCUUCUCCAAACUGAAGGCGUGCCGACUGACAUCUACCCUUCGUAUCACGCUGACUAUAGAUCCCGUACAACCCCACUUUAAAAAAAACCCCUUUAAAUGUUUGGACUGACAGCAGAUGAACCGCGCUGGGUUUGAGGCUCUGACGGGGGAAGAAAUCUGAGAUUUACAGAAUGGAGGUUUUGAGAAAGAAGUUUUUAGAAAAAUGUAAUAUUUAAAAUAAAUCAAGACUAAAGUAAUAUUUUGAGAUUGAAGUCAUCAUAAAUCAAGUUGUACUAUUAUCCGAAAGUUGUAAUAUUACAAGAGAAAAGAUGUUUUGACAAUUUUAUUCAUAAUAAGACUUUAGAAUUAGAAUUUAGAAUGUUUCUACUUUGAAUUUAACCUUGCACCUUUAUUUUAAAAUUACAUUUGGACUUCCUUUCUCGUCGUGAUCUCUCAGAUUUUUUCACCCUGAUGUUCAGUCUCAGUAUUUUAACUUGUUAAAUCUCUGCGUCAUCGUACUCGCUGACUGCUGGAAUGAAUCAGAAGGAUUUCCUGAUCAUGAGAAUCUCCUUGGACCUCAGACUUUGUGGUUCUAGCUUACUGGGGCUGCUGGUUCUAUCCCAGUUCACCCAGUCUGUUUCUGCUUGAUCAGGUUUUUAUUUUUCUAACUCGCCUUGAGAUUUCUAUCUCAGAUCGUCAGGAAUGUUCGUGACGUUACGCCAAAGACGAGCUGGAGAUAAAAGAUGCUGUGAGAUUCAUCUGAGCUGUGAUUUUAUGUUGAAGGAAAAUCUGUUUAUUUGCCUUUUUACCAGCUGAAGUUUUUCAUUUCUACAAAAUAAUAACAUUUCCAAAACCUGUGAGAAUUAUAAACUAUGUUUCUAUAAAACCCUUAAAUACAUUGAACACAAGACGAAGCUCUCAGCUGUAGGAGAACUUUGACUAAAUGAAUAUCUGGAAUCUGAUCAGAGAACAAGUCGACAAAAUUAUGAAACUUAAAUGUUUGUUAUUACUUUUUUUGUGCUUCAGAAACUUUUCUGUUCUUAGUUCGGUUUUUCAGGUGAAAAAUGAGACAAAAGACAAAAUUUUUCAUAAAGUCAGAGCAGAGUUUGUCCUCUGCUUGUUAUAAAAUAAGGUUCAAAUUAAAAUGAACCUUGAUGAAACAGAGCAGAGGUUUAAGAAGGUUUGUGACUGAUCUGUUGCCUUUUGUAGUUUCAGUGUUGCUGCUGUUUGUCCCGUCAUGUUUCACUGUGAAAGUUUUCCAAACUUGAAGAGCGUUGCAGGUUUUACUCCCGCUCCUUCAGUGUCUCCAGUCCUGAUUCACAUGUGUGUUAGACUAAACUGUUCACAGUCGGGCAGAGGUGGAGGAAGUACUCAAAUCCUUUACUGCAGUAAAAGUACGAAUACCACACUGUGAAAAUACUCCACUACAAGGAAAAGUCCUGCAUUAGUAAAAGUUUGUGAGCAUCAUUAGGAAAGUCAGUCCAUUAGAGUAAAAUGUUUUUGGAUUUUUAUUUAUUUAUUUAUUUUUUUUGCUGUAGAUGUUUCAGGUUGGGCGGCACGGUGGUGUGGUGGUUAGCACUCUCGCCUCACAGCAAGAGGGUUGCCGGUUCGAUCCCGGGCGUGGGAGCCCUUCUGUGUGGAGUUUGCAUGUUCUCCCUGUGUCAGCGUGGGUUUCCUCCAGGUGCUCCAGCUUCCUCCCACAGUCCAAAGACAUGCAGGUUAAUUGGUGACUCUAAAUUGUCCGUAGGUGUGAAUGUGAGUGUGAAUGGUUGUCUGUCUCUAUGUGUCAGCCCUGUGAUAGUCUGGCGACCUGUCCAGGGUGAACCCUGCCUCUCACCCGAUGUCAGCUGGGAUAGGCUCCAGCCCCCCCGCGACCCUCAAGAGGAUGAAGCGGUUAGAAAAUGAAUGAAUGAAUGUUUCAGGUUUGGCUCAUUUUAACUCCUUUACAUCCUGUUGGGUAGUUUAAUCUAUAGCAAUGCAUCAUGGUCUAUGAGACCAUCAUAUGUUUGUAGUGUGGCUGUCCUGUGAGAACCAUGUAUCUCUAAAAAGUCAGAAAAACAACCUGUUUUCAGCUUUGGGACGACUGUUCAGUUGAUCCAAGAGGGUUUCUAAAGAGUUAAUUUAGCUUAAGACAGAGAAUUUAAAUAAUGAUGCAUUUUAUUUAAAGGCACAUUUCAAAGCACUAGAGGACCCCUUACAAGACACAAUUAAAAGAAAAAAAAUUUGAUGUGGACCUCAGAGGACAGUGUACUGUCCAGGAAGACACCCAGACUCUUAACCUGAGAGGACGGACGAACUUUGGAGUUGUCAAUUAGAGAGAAACUAUGCGGUUUAGCUGAAGUAGAUUUAGUACCCACAAGGAGAACCUCAGUUUUAUUACUGUUAAGUUUAAGGAAGUUGUACGAGAGCCAAGAUUUAAUAUCCAAUAAGCUGUCAGAAAGGGAACUUGGUGGAAGUAGGCUUGGUGGACAGAUAGAGCUGGGUGUCAUCAGCAUAGCAGUGGAAUUGAAUACCAAAUUUUCUAAAGAUAUGACCAAGAGGUAGAAGGUAGAUAAUAAAUAAAAGGGGGCCGAAGAUGGAGCCCUGAAGAACACCACUAUUAACUGGAAAAGAGCUGGAUCUGAAAUUUCUAAGUUUGUGAAAGUGUUGAAAGUGUAUUGAUUACUUUAAACAUUUCAGUUCAACGGAAACAUUCAACACAUUUAGAGAGUCGUGGUUUUUACUGGACAGGAAGUAGAUUAAACAACUGUCGUCUGUAAAGUAACUACAUCUACAUCGUGCAGUAAACAGUACAAUAUUUACCUCUGAGAUGUGGAGAAGUGUAAAGUAGCAUAAAAUGGAAAUACUCAAGUACAUCUACCUUGAAUUCAUAUUCAAAUACAGAACUUGAGUAAAUGUUCUUACUUCGACCUCUCAAUCUUUUCUCACAGUAGAGACAGAAUAUUUUUCUACUUUGAAUUUACUCGUGUCUUUAAGCUCCAACUGUCACUACAAAAGGCAACAGCUCAUCUAAAGAAUCAUUGGUUGUUAUAUUAAACUGUAGAAAUGUGAAAAAUCAUUUGCCCCGCCCACAGGAAGUGAUGUCACUACUCAUGCUGGACAGAAAACUCGCUGCAGCAGAACUGAAUGUUUUCACCUUACGAUCCUUAGACACUGAUCAUUCAGGCUGAUUGAUCGAUCAGCUGACUGACUGGUUUUCAUGCUGUUAGCGUCCGUUGUGUUCACAUGUGCUGCUAGAGGAAACGUCCUCAAUAAAACUGUUUCUACGUUA